AUGAAGCUUGCCGUUCUCACCCUUGCCUUCGCUGCCUGUGCACACGGCGCGCUCUCACCCCGGUCCCAAAUUCCCAACUGCGCACUUGACUGUAUGGACCAUGCCGUCAGAGAACAAACCAGCUGUGGCAUUGAUGACUUCCGCUGCAUUUGCAUGGUUUCAGAUGUAGUGCAAAAGGCUGGCAAAGAGUGUGUCCUGCAGAAAUGUGGCGUGAGAACUGCUCUGAGUAUGAUCCUUUGUAUUCUGAAUGAGGAAUUCCCAAGCUAA